CCUCGAAGCUUCCUUUUGAUGAGACCUGUGGAGAUCGUAACGUUUCAGUCAAGACAGGCGUUCCUGACAAAGGGGGAAUCUCUGCAUGUUUCCGAGGUCGAUGUGACUUGGGAGGUUAUAUAUCAGGAUCAACACCGCAACAAUCUGUUCGCUAUACGCUGUGCACGAACGGCUUCAUCAGCUCAAUCCCACCCCAUCAUCUUCUAAUCGCAAAAGAGACCCAAGCAAAACGACAACCACAAAUACCAUGACAUCUACCUACCACCUGAUCAAGUCCCAUAUCGAGCACCUCUCCCAGGUCCACCUCGCAUCCCCCCUCUGGUCCUCUCAGUCCAACCAGAUCCUAGCCUUUCUCCGCGCGUUCCACACCCCGUCAUUCUCCGACCCCAAACCUUCCCUCGAGCGCGCUCCUUCGUGGAAGACCCUCUGGGGCGACAUACGCUGGAAAGACCCCGCUGAUGACCGUUGGUGGACAGGUGUCGACGAGGAGAAGCUGACCGAAGAGGUCCGGGAAAUGGGCGUGGACACUCUCCGGACGUUCCGGAUGGAGCUCGACCGUUUCUUCUCCUCCCAGUUGAUCGGAGAAAACGUCCAGGUUAAUAGACCGGAGGAGGGACCGAAUCCAUUCGAGAGGUCCUCGUGCGAUGUCGCUUGGGAGAUCCUACAACCCCAAUCUGACACUGCUCAUUUCUUGAACGAGAUCGUGGUCCGGCUGAAGAUCACCCUAAGGUGGACGGACGACAGCCUUCGUCGAUACCGUCACAAACACAUCUACCGGGAGUUCCAGGUUAAUCAGCCGUCUCAGUUCAAGCCGGCUCUGAUGCGCGGCAAUUCGAACUUUCCGGGUGAUUGUGCUAUGGCCAUGGCCGCAGGUGAUCAAGAGAUCCAACACUUGGAAUACGCUAGUAUCCCCUUCGUCCACCCUCCCGCACGCGAACAUGAGAGACCGUCCCGGUCGUUCUCCUCGUCCGUGUCCGAGGACACCGUUGUCGGUCCAGACUAUACCGACGAUGACGAAAAGGCCGGAAUGACGAUGACCGAGAUCGAGGUCAAGGCCUGGGCUAGGCAAUUUGGCGAUCUGGACCGGAGUGAGAAGCGUGGGCUAGCACUGGGGUUGGGGGAGAAGUUGAGGUUGAAAGGGACCACGAAGGUAGAUGUGUCUAAAAGAUGAGCAUGUAUAUAUCGAGAUCUGCCUCAUCUGUGUUACUAUGCCCAUGUCGCGUGCGCAAGGCAUACGAUAUGACAUGUUGAUAUGACAUUCUUCA